AUAGUUCAGUAUCGCAGUGAAACUUCCGCCGUACGGAUCGGUCUACGGAGCACAUUUCGGGCUGCUCUUCGGUAGUCGCGCUUUUAUCUUCUUUUUCGUUUCCUUAGUCGUUGUGCUCGUUGAUCAGCUUGCUUGGUUUAUUCGGUUGUGAUCGGUUUGAUUGAUUGUGUCGCAUCGCGCCUACUUGGAUUAGGGCGGCUUUCCCAAUUAAUUUUCGCCGUAUCCUUUGAUGGAAUGGUGGAGCCGUAAGCAAGCGUAGGCAUUUGGCCAAAAGCGCAUUUACAAAUCGGUGAAAAAUCAGUGCCAAACAAAACACGGGCGGGAAUCCCGGUAAAAGAUUAGUGAAAGUGAGAAAAACGUGAUCAACGUGAAAAAUCGGAAAACUACAACAUAAUCUAUCGUGAGUGAAAACCCGAAGCAUUGCAACAUCGUAGAACGAAAAAAAUGAGCAAAUCCCUAACGUUCUGAACGUGAAUGAAAACAUCAUCAUCACCGUGCGGGAUUUGUUUAGAUUAGAGUGGACCAGUGAAUCAUCGUUGCAUUAUAGGGGCACACACGUGCCCUAGCCUCGGUUCGUGUCGUUUAGCAGAAGGCAAAACAAAUGAGUAGCGAUCAUGUCCGGAAUUUUCAAAUAUACUCCCAAUCGGGCGGCGGCCAGCACGCCAAACCGCCGGUCGGCGUUCGGACUCGGAUUCGGUGGAAGCCCUGGGCAACAAGAUGCCACCAUGGAUAAUUCAUAUACCAUGGGCUUUCGGUCGCCGUCGAUGAACGCCCUGGCCGGACAGUCCAGUCCUUGCCAGGGCCGCUCCCUGCGGGAAUACGAGGAGCAGAUGUCCGCCCUGCGGAAGGAGAACUUCAACCUCAAGCUGCGGAUAUACUUCCUGGAGGAGAAUGCCGGCAUCGGAGGGAACACGAGCGGAGGUGGUCCGGGUGGUAACGGUGCCGGGCUCGGUCACGGAUCGCCUACGGAUGGCACGGUUGCGCCGGAGAGUCUGUUCAAGCAGAACAUCGAUUUGAAGGUGGAAGUGGAGUCCCUCCGGAAGGACCUUCAAGAAAAGCAGGAUCUUCUCUGCCAGGCGGCCAAAGCGAUGGAGAUGAUGGAGGAAAGCCAACGUAAGGCGGAACACCACCAUCGAGAAGUGCUGAACGACAUGGAGCACCGGUUGGAAAUGCUUCAGCAGGAAAUCAAACAGAUGGAAGCGGCUGAUCGUCAGCAUCAACAGCAGGAACAACAUCACGGAAACAAUACGACGCGAAGUGCGCUCAACGACACCAAUCUGCUCGACAUCCUGGAGAAGCAGCACCUAGAGCUGAACGUAGUCGAUAAGCUGCAAGCGUUGGAUAUGGAGAACGUCAUCCGACAGUGUCGGACCCAAAACGAAGAACUCUGGAGGCAGAUCAGCGAUUUGAACAAGCAACUGGAGGAGAAGGAACACAAGCUGAACACGCUGGAGGUACAGCUGAGCGAGAUGCGGUACGAAUGCGCCGAAAUGAAGGACAAACUGGAGGAGAACGACCGUUCGACCUCGGAUGCUGAGGUCCUGAGGCUCAAGAAAGAUCUGUUCCAGGCAAAGUCGGAACUGGCGGAGAAGCUGUGCCAGUUGGACGACACCGAAGUGAAGCUGAAGGAAAAAAUGGCCGAGCUAUCGAAGACAGCCAAGAUGGUGGAGAAGCUGGUGAAGACCAUCACCGAGCUGCAGAUGGAAAACGCCCGACUCAAGCGCAAUUCGAGCCCCGAGUUGAAACCCCCCGAUCCUGUAAAGAAGAUCGUCUCGGAUCCUGGCAGUGCACAACUCGAGCAGCCCAUCUUCGACCACAACCAACAGAUCGUGUCGCAGGAAGAAUACGAUAGUCUGUGCCAGAGGCUGAAAGACCUUCAAACUAAGAACAACAGUCUCAUUCAGCAGCUCACCAGCAGUUCCAACGACCGCAACGAGAACAUCAUCAUCAAACAGCUCAACGAGGAGGUAAUCCAGGCGCGAGAAGAAGCGGAAAAGGCUCAGCGCUGGCGCAAGGAGUGCGUAGACCUGUGUGCCAUCUCAACAGCUCGGCUCGAAGAAUUGGCUGGCUUUUUGGAUUCGUUGCUCAGAAACGACGAAUUCAGUGGUACGCUCUCGAUAGCCCGCCGAAAGGCCAUCCGUAAGGCCGUCGAUCGCAGCUUGGACCUCUCGAGGAGUUUGAACAUGUCCAUCUCGGUGACCAGAUUCUCGCUCCCGGAGAACAGCUUUGUCAACCUUAGUAGCUUGACUGGGUUUUUGAAUGGCACCGAACAGAGUCUCCUGCUCGAAGAGGAGGCCAAUAAAGAGAACAUCGGAAGCGCCGAGAAAGUGAUUGCAACUUUGAAGGCAGAGAAUCGUGAACUACGGGGACAGUUGGAGAACCGUGGAAGUGCCAAGAAGAAUCAUUCGGAAGCCAGGAGAAAGCUGAUUCCAUUGAUGCCAGAACCUGUAUCGGACUCGGAGGCGUGGUCUGAACCUGAUCGGGAUGUUUCCUUGGCACGGAUCGGGUUGGAAGAACGGUCUUCCUUGACGAAUUCCGGUGGCAAAGGGAAACCCAUUCCUCGAGCACAUGGGACAGUGUUGCAAGAGUUCAGCUCUACGUCCGAGAACGAAGGCAACGUGAAUCACUUGAAGAAGCAAGGUGCUGAAGUAAAGCAGCUACAGGAAGCGGUCCAGGAAAAGGACAGCAAGAUCCUGGAAAUCCAGACUCGAAUGGUUGACCUCGACAAUAAGUUGCAGGAGGAAAGAAUGAAGGCCUCUAGAACACAAGUUGAAUUGGAAAAUACGCGACAUGUGAAUCAGCGGCUAGAGAAGGAGAAAAACGAACAAACGAAGCGCCUCGAAGAACUAAACCGAGAAAUUCAACAAAAGGAUGAACUCAUCGAGAAGCUCAAGAAGGAUCGAGAUCAAGCGUUCGUCGAUUUACGGGUGGCGCUCAUGAAGCACGACAGCCUUAAAGCGGAAUACCAGGAUUGUCAGCAGAAGCACAAGAUUCAAAUCGAUUCGCUUCUGGCACAAGAAAGGCAACGGCUGGAGGAGCUUCGUCAAGAUCUAACCGAGUCUUUCAACAAUCAGUUGAAGGCCAAGCAGGCUUCGUUCGAUGCUAGUCUGGAGGAAAGAUACAUUUCCAAGAAUAUCUAUCUAGAGAAAGUGAAGGAACUUGAAGAAGUUCACAUCAGACUGGAGGAUGCUCAUCUCAAUCUAAUGAACAUGACAGAGAUUGAGGGCAAAAUGAAACAGCAGGUCACGGAAGCGGAACAAUCCGUGCAGAAAAUGCGUAAAGCAUUGGAUGAUGCGACACUGCAAACUUCUAAAGCUGCGUUGGAGCGCACGAAAGCAAUGAAUGAAAAACGUUUGCUAGAAGACGAACUGCAACAUGUUAAGCAAGACUUGGAAGCGGUGAAGGCUGAGAAGAAUGAACUAAAUGCACGAUUGGUGGAAGUGCAGACUAGGUUGCAACAAGUGCAGCGCUCGCCAGCGCAACGACUGAACAGUUCUUCGGGUGCCGAAUGUUCAACGGCUUCCGGGUACGCCUCGGAAGAAUUUCUGUCGGUGGCAAAUCGACAUCCCAAACUCGAACACGGCUUGCGGGUGGAAAACUCAUCUCCGGAUCUCGGCAUCGAAAGUGACGCCGGGCGACUGUCCAAUCCGGAAACGAAUCCAAGGACUUCCGCUGCGACCGGUAGCGAGGGGGCGAUGAGCCCGGCCAGACCGCUACUUAAGACGCUCGAGCUGACCAAGUCAAUGAGCAACCUGCUGAUGGAUCCGAAAGAGGACGCCAAAACAGAGCUCAACUCGUCCGCUCAGGCCGCCGAUGGCAAAUCGGCGAUCCACGACUGUGUCAAAAUCGAGGCCGAUUUCGCCGAACUGAAGCGUCGGUACAAGCAAACCCGUCGCCACCUGGAGCUGGCCUACGACAGUAUUAAGUCGUCCAACAAGCGCAAGGAGCAGCUAGAACGGGACAUCAAGCAGCAAAUCCAAAAGACCAACGUCGUGCUCAAAACGGUCCGCACCAAUAUGACCAACGAGCUGGAGAAAUCCGCAUCCGGUGGGGCGCUUCCCCAAGCCGAAACCGGUCGCAAAAGCUGAAGCACAAGACUGGGACUGCGGGAGAAGCAGCAGAGGAUUGUAAAAUAGGUUGAUUGUGCAUCGGUAUGUGUACAGACUGCUAUGGAUUGAGAAGCAUGUAUAUUUCGCGAGUCGAGUGUGUUGUAGAAAAAUUCGGUCUAAUUUUAGGGUCUGAGAGAUUGUUCGGUCCGUAUCAUAGACUUGUAAGGUUUUAUUCUUUUGUUUUAAGAGUUUCGUAUUUUCUUUUCUCCAGUAGCAAACAACUGACUGAACCUUUUUUUCGUUUUAUGUGAAUACUACUUGCUGACGCACUCAACGCGCACACAUACACACUUAUUUAUUUGUAUUCCAAUGAUUUCUUUUAAAGCUGACGCUGUCCUGAUUAAAAUCAUUUUUAUAUAAAA